AUUCCUCUUGUCCCAUAAUCAGACCUCAAGCUUAGAAGAGCAGUGCUCGUUACGAAUUCCCUUGACCUUUUGCAUCGCUCAUUGCAUCUGGAGCCGGCCUCCUUCACAUACACUGUAAUACAUACCUAGUCUCUAUAGACGCCACCCGUCCCAUCCAUCUCACUGCUCUGGUAGCAGACAAGAUGUCUUUCGAUUACUCCUUCUCCUUUGGCCCAACUACACCACCAUCAUUCUCUUUCGAAGAGGCUCUGAACGAUGCAUCGUUCACUACCGGCCACCGCCGAUCGAGCUCUCAUGUCUCCUCUGUACACUCCCAUGACUCGUCACCUGAAUCAAUCGACACCCAGUUGACCACGCCUGCCAGAUCUCCAAUCAGGCAUCACGGGCCUCUGUUGUUGCCAAAGAUCCGUCCACAGGAUCAGGAGAUACACUCUUCACCAAAAAGAUCCAAGAAGACACCGUUAUCUACCGCCACCUAUCCUGCUCCAGCUUCUUCUACCUUUAGACCUUCUCAUAAUAGGAGCUUCACCAAUCCGGAGUCACUCUCCUUCAUACAGCAUGACAACAUUCCAUCCCAAGUCCGGCCUAUGACUACCUUGUGUUCGCCAAUAACAUUGACGGCAACUACUGCAACCACUCACCAGAGACGGGCUUCGGCCUCAAGUCUCGACGGUCAGACUUUGGGCAAAUAUGGCUUUCCCACCUACCGCCAAAUGCCAACAUAUAUUCCUGCUAAUUCCCAGAACGAGAGGUUUAUACCUCAGGAUUUCUUCGCCCCCCAGCGCACGCCAUCGCCUCUCCAGAAUUCCAUCGCUUUAGAUGAGAUGACCAUGAGCCCCCUAGAUGCCUGUAUGACUACAACAACCCUGAUGUCGUAUCUCACAUCACCAAACCCUGCCCCCGCUCUGGUACGUCAGCUCAAUAUCCACAUCCGUGAUACAAACGCCAAGCAUUUCUGGUGGGACAUCCGUCAAAUACGUCCCUGGACUUCUUUCACUACCAGUACCAUCAGUUCUAUCCCUGGUCUCCACGAUCUCCUCAACGUCCACAUCCCCGAUUUUAGCUUGCCCGUCCCUGUUCGCGCCUCCUCGCAACCAGAGACCGAACUGGAGCUCCAAGGUAUCUAUAACUCCUUCUACGCCACCAAACUCAAUGCCGCGCUCUCUCUUUCGCUGGGCCCACGCCACCUGGUCAUGCGCUCUUCAAAAGGUCCAGAUCCAUCGUUUAUCUCUAAUUACACAGAUGACACCUCACAACUCAUCUAUGGGCGAGGACUUGGUCGUGUUGUCGGGCUCGUAAAGUCAUUUGAUCGCUGGAACACCGGUAUGCGCGUGGAAGGUAACCACCGCAAGGUACAGUACCUUCGUGGCCUUGCUCACUUGCAUCGUCAGAUGCGAGAGAAUGGCUGUCGGUACGGCUUCAUCAUCACUGAAAUCGAGCUUAUCGUGGUCCGAAACGGGGCUGAGAACGUCCCUCACUUCGGCUACUUGGAAGUUCAGACGAUUCAACUGGCCGCUCACGACACUCAGACAUCGACGUUUCAAGAGGUUGAGGGUAGCUUUGGUGAUGUAGGCGAGGAGAAUGUCGUACGCAAGCAGCCGAAGAUGACAGCUUUACUGGCGCUUUGGUACUUGCAUAUGCUAGCCAGAGAUGAUACCUUACCUGGCCAGGUGAGUUGGAAAUCGGAGAUUGGCGCACCUGCUGAGGGCACCCGGAGGAAGUGCCUUCCAAAGGAUGAGUGGAUCCCUGAGCCACAACUUGCCGAGAAGAGGGAGGCGAAGAGAACGAGAGGUUGGAUAUGGCCUGAAGAAAGCGUUGGAAGGAAGGAACUGGGAAAACGGGGGGUGAGAUAUGGUGGUUGUUAAAAAGUUGGACUGCUGGUCAGUCUUGGAUUGGGGUGGGAUGCUGUGAUUUACUGUUACAUGCUUAUAUGUUAGGGUGCUCUAAUAACUGAAUCAAUGUGAAUG